GCCGUGCUCGGGGCGGGGACGAGAUGGCAGCGCGGUGGCUGCUGCGGCGGCUCUGCCAGGGGUCAGCUUUUCCUGUCAAUUAUGCAAGCGGAAUUAUGCAGAAGAAGUGUUUCGUUGCAAACUCUGAUGUGAUAGGAGUACGGCUGGCUGGAUCCUGUGUUGAUACACAAAAGCCCAAGACUAAUCCUUUUGUAUCUAUUUCAGAUGAGCCAGAAACAUUGUACAAGAGAGUGUCCCUUUUAGUUAAAGGCCACGAUAAAGCUGUGUUGGACAGUUAUGAGUAUUUUGCAGUGCUUGCAGCUCAAGAACUUGGCAUCUCUAUUGAAAAAGUACAUAAUCCUCCGAAGAAGAUAGAACGGUUGACACUCUUAAAAUCUGUACACAUUUACAAGAAGCACAGAGUUCAGUAUGAGAUGAGAACACAUUACAUGUGUUUGGAGUUAAAAUACCUAACAAGCAGUACUGCUGCAGUUUACUUGGAGUAUGUUCAAAGAAACUUACCUGAAGGGGUUGCCAUGGAAGUAAAAAAGACUAAGAUAGAGAAAAUACCUGAACACAUUAAGCAACCAGUUUGGGAUACGCUACCUCAAGUAGAAGAAACUGAAGUCAAGUCAUGAACUCACCAGCAAGUUAUUCUUAGUCAUAACCCCAGUACAUGUAGACCGCGUGGCUAUAAAGUGAAGAAGUUUGACUAUACUCUGUGAUGAAGAAUUAUGGUCAUCUAUAAUAUGUUUGUAGAAAGGUAAAAUUUAGAGGGUUUUAUAUAUAUAUAUAAAAUUAUAUAUAAAAAUUCCUUAUCUCCUUUGGAUACUAAAUGGCUUCUGGAUUCCGAAAUACUUGCAAAAUCCACUUCAUGUUUGUGUGAUGUUUAAUGUUACGGAUGCCAGAUUGUUACGCAUUUGUUGCUAUAGCUCCUUUGAAGUAACUGAAUCCAAGGUGUACAUAAAGCAUAUUAACUCAUAGUAAGUCAAAACGCAUGAUCUUAGAGGAUACUGAGGCAUGCUGAAGACUUUCCAAGCUUCUACAGUUUGAGUAGCCUAAUUUCCCAUCUAAGUAACUGCUUGUUAACAGAACACAGUGAUUACUUCCACAGACUUACAUCUGUAACUUAAAGUGCUUGUAGAACCACGUUACAAAACAAACGGAUAGCAGAAAGUGUCAUUGUGGAUAGGAAAAACAGUGUAUAAAGUGUUUCAGUUCACUCCAGGGAAAGGCGUGGUCUUUUUCUAAACUGGCUGGAUUGAUUAUUGUGUAAAUCUGACUGGCUGGACACUAGUUAUGCUUAGAGAGGGAGAAACCGUACAAAUAGCAAGAGUGCACUCAACUGCUUUGAAGGUUAGUUUGCUGUGAAUCAAAGGAGGUAAUACUAGAUGCAAAGCCAUCAACAACUUUUCCUGCAGUUUGCAUUAAGCCCCUCUACCUUUACUAGGUGAGCAGGAAGGACACAGCCACAGGAAUCUGCUUCAGUAUUAAGGGAGUCACUCUGAUUCGACUGCUGUUAAAAGAAUUUACUGGAGGAAUAGCUAGCUGGGUCACAGGACAAGACAGCCAGAGCUGAAUCUCACUUAUCAAGAUCCAGGCUGGAUCACACUUAUGAAGAGCACAAUCAAAGCUUAUCAGAGCUUCACACAAUCACAAAAGAAAAGAAGCCUGGUGUUGUUAUCAGGCAGAAAUGGACAAUCUUAUUGGGAAAUAGCUGAAAGACAAGAAACAAAGUUUGUUCUUGAAGACCAUCUACAUUUUCUAGCCGCUGUAGAGGCGCAAAGCUUUUUUAGGAGGGAUAUUUCAACACAGUCCAUGUAGCUAGUGUCACUUAUGAUAGAAAGGAAUCUGCCUGUGCACUUUAUGCCUUAGGAGGAAAAAAAAAGGAAGUUAAUCAAAGGCCUUGUGGGAAGAUACUCUGUCUGCUUCUCCUUUUGAGGUGUUUACUUUCUGCAGUUUCAAGUUAUUCUUCCUUUCUCAUUCCUAGUAUUUAGUCGUGAUAGCAUUUCUUGAAGUUACGUCAGACACUAUAUAAAGGACGAACCUGUGAGCUGAUGUGGUUAAACAAAGCCAAUGUUUUCAGAGGAACAACCUCUUUCAAGUCUGUAUUAAAUUUUCUUCAAAUUUGCCAUGCUGCCACACUUCAGUUUUCCAUAAGCCACCUGCCAAGUUCAGACUGUAUAUGGCAUUGAAAUACGAUUGAGCUCAAUACUAAGUCUUCCCACAUCUUGGUUUGAUGCAUGCUAAGGUUAAGGAGUUGUCCUUUAUUGUCUUUAAAAUCAUUACUACACUCUCUGGUAAAAAAAGUGUUCUCCCCAUCUUUGCUGUAGGCCCAUUUUAAGUACUGGAAAGCUGCUAUAAGGUCUCUGUGAAGCCUUUUUAUGAUUAAGACAUCCAAAGCUUAAAUGACACCUAGACAGACUUGUUAUAUCUGCCUGAAGUGUCCGCUUUGGCAUUCAUACAGCAAAAUUGCCAGAAUUGCCAAUUUCAUGUCCUGGAAUAAAGGUAACAUAUGCCACAGGGGUUGUUUUGUGCAUCACAGCAAAGCAUUCCUACCUUCAUAGAACUCUAGUUUUGAAUCUGAAAGGGCCAAACCACUGUCAGUAUUGCUGUAAGUGUAAACUAGCACUUCCCCAUUAAGGAUUGAGAGGGAGGUUUUCAUACGUGGAACUGAAGUAAAUCCUUAAUAUUGAUUCAGUGCCACUGCCUUUUUAUAUAAAGGAAAUGUGAGAUGAAAAGAUAAAGGAUUCAGUAGCAUUUCACACUGUUCAGUAGCAAAGCUUGACUUUUGCUAUCCAGUAGUGUGCAGUCUCACCCUGUCAUCAGGACACAGAUUCUUCAUCUUGCUGUCCUCACCCCUGGUUGAUAACUUCAUUGGUCACAUCUAGCAAACAAGUUUAACCCAAGUCCAUCAUUCAGAGGAGACUUUAAAAUGUUUGGUUAAACUAAUGCUUUCUAGAUGCAGUUUUACUAAUUACCUUUGCUUUCCUUCCCUCCAAUUCAAGUUUCCCUGUAAUCUGUGGUGUUCAAGGAUAGACACUUCUAGUCUGAAAUCCAGUCAAGGUCCUCCUGCCCCUUUACACAUACCGGAUAUUGGGUUCUGGCCUGCUGAUAUAUUCUCCCUGAGUAUUUCAGAAUGUCUUUAAUAGAAAAGCACUGAAAAUACUCAAGGAUACAGGCAGACCAAUAAGCAAAUAUUUGAUAAAGUUUUCCCUUACUUAAAGGCUAAAACAGACAACCCAAACUAUGUUUGCAUCCACAAAAAGAGUUUUUUCUCUGAGUACAGUUCCUCACCAUUAGAAGGCUGCUUUAUGACCUUCCUCACAUUUGUAUAGGUAGAUGUCUAGUAUUAUCUGCCAGCAUGAGAAAAUAUUCCCAAGGGUCAUAGAAAUAGAUUCCAAUGUAAUGCUGUUACAGAACCCACAGAGUGUUAGCAAAUACUAAGAACAGUAUGAUGAAAGCAGUUGCCAGAUAUAUGGUGGGGAACUUCUAUAUUUCAUCAGUGGUUAUUCUGUCUCAACCUAAAUAGGAACUAUGCUAAA